AUGAAUGAUAAAGGCAAAUGUAAAGCUACUAAAUAUCUUGAAACUGAUGAAAAUUUGCGAAUAUUUUGUAAAUUAUGUAAAGCGGCAAAGUUUGAUAAUGCAUUUACUCAAGAAACUAAUAUCUUUAAGAAAGAUAUUGUUAAACGACAUGAUGAAAAAGAUCUAAAGCAUCAAAAAGCAAAGGAACAUCUGGUUGUGAAUAGUGACAAUAUUUCUUCAGAUCCUCAAAUACUUAAAUUUUCUGCACUUAGUUUAGAAGAAUCUUCAGAAUACAAAGGUUAUGAGACCUAUUUAAAUCAUGUUACAGCUCAAAAUUUUGCUAUAGCAAUCAUACAUAUAAUUGAAGAAAAGCUUAUUGAUGAAAUAAAGUCAGCAAAAAACUGGA